UCAAACAGACCACUAAGCGGUGUCUCCUCCGAGUAUUUCUUCACCUUUUUGUAUGAUAGGGCAAUGAAUAUAAAAGCUGUAUGUGUGGACAAUCCAAAUCAGUUCAUUUUCAUUACCCGAAUCUAGAGCAGUAAUAAAUAUCCAAAAAUGGCAUUCAAAUUAGUUCUUUUAUUGGCAUGUGCAGCAGUCGCUAGUGCUGGAAUUAUCGCCCCCGCUGCUCCUUUGGCCGCUGUUCAGGUUGAAGAAUAUGAUCCCCACCCACAAUACACCUACGGCUAUGACGUGCAGGAUGCUCUUACUGGAGAUUCCAAGAGCCAAGUAGAGAAUCGUGACGGAGGCGUUGUCAGUGGACAGUACUCUUUGAAUGAUGCUGAUGGUUAUAGACGUAUUGUUGACUAUACCUCGGAUCCAAUCAACGGAUUCAACGCAGUUGUACGUCGCGAACCCCUUGCUGCUCCAGCCCUGCUUAAGGCUGCACCUGCAGGUCUAGCAUACACUGUUGGCUCAGGAUUGGUUAAGACAAGUUAUGCGUCGCCUCUCAUUUCCUACGCUUACUAAAUAAACUUAAAAAUGUGAUUCUUUUAAUAAAAGAAAAAUGAUUACACUGAAA